GUCACGUGACAGGGGACAAACGUCAUUAAUGUUGUUGGUGGAGGAGGUGAAAAUAUGGAGGAAAGAGAGUUGUAACAGGGAAAAUUAGACAUUUCACCCCCAAAAAAAUAUUAUUAAACCGAUCAAGAAGUGUAACGGUCGAAGAGGCAUUAUCCAAGCAGUGAAAAAGAGAUCGACAAUCAGGGGGAUUGACUCGAAGAAGGGGAGGAGCCUACUGAUCCACCAUACCUCUGGACCAAAGUCAUGGCCGACUCCGAAGACCCACUUUAGAACCUUCAGUCCCUUCCCAAACACAAGCAAAUACACACUUGCCUAAGGCUUUAUCAUCCUAAUUCUUAUUACCUUCAACUUGACUGAGUUUUGGAACAACAAAGAUCACUAACACAAUCAUCUCUGGCUUCUCCGUUCAUCAUUUCUGCCAACACCACAGAUGCAGAGUGCAGCAGCGCUGCCUUUGUGCAGAGAACAAGGAGGAGGAGGACACGCUGCAGUAGGAGGAGAGUCUAGGAGGUUAACAUUCAAUGCCGUCAACAAAAGUCUACCUCCCGAGCACAGUCUACACAACCUCCUAGUGAUCUAUUUUCAGCUUCUCACUCUCUCCCCCUCUUCUGUAUCUCGCUCCUCCUUCUCACUCUCCUCUCGCCAUUCGCUGAUCUCUCCCGUGGCGCUCUCAGAUCUUCGCCGACACCGUGACAGCCAGUCUAUUGAGCUGACUGUGUCCACGUCUACUCUGCUUGCGACACAGACGACUGGUGCUUUUUGGAUGAGAUUCACACUGACUUUUUUUUUGUGUUGCCUGCUAUUUAUUUUCCCCAGCUUGACAGUUUUUCAUGCGUGGUGUUUUGAGAAGGCUACGUAACUCCAAGAGGGCGGUGUGUAUUUUAACUUUGCUCCUCUGAGUGGUUCAGUGCUGGUCUACUCGACUGGCCAAACUACUUGUUUUGUUUCUUCUGUAGCCUGUGCUGGGAACAACUCUCACUGUUCACCUGGAGACACUACAGUUCUAUUUGAGCCAUGGAACUUCAAGGAUCUCUCUCCUUCAUCAGUUGUUUCAUCUCUAGAAGAGGAAUUCUGGAGUUUUCUUUAAAGAUCUAAGAGGGAUUUCGUAGUGUUCACCUUCUCAUCUGGCUAUAGGUUUUCUCAUUUUCUGCAACUGAAACUUGCCUGGAUAGUGGUUGUUUUUUUUGUGUUCCCAUAUGUAUUGGAAGGACACCCUUGCACUGGCAUGCUUUUAAGGCCCACUGUGCCGGGGCUGUGCGCAAUGUUGCAGACCAUCUAUGAGACCGAGUCCUGCUUCUCCUCAGACGCCGUGUCCAGCAGGGAGCAACCUCUGGAGCUGCUGCCCCAGUCCCAAGUGUCUGCCAUGCCCAGUGCUGCUGUGGAGGUGAAGACAACUCUCCCCUCGGGGAUGCAGAGCCCUGUGGGCGGCAGUGAGCAGGGUGUUGGAGGUGGAGGCGGUCCCGUGGACCUGAGGACAGAUCCCAGGCUGGGACCCCUGGGUGGAGGGGUGGACCCAGCCAUGAGGGAGCAGCAACUGCAGCAUGAACUGCUCCUCCUCAAGCAGCAACAGGAGCUUCAGAAACAGCUUCUCUUCGCUGAGUUCCAGAAGCAGCAUGAGGUGCUGACACGCCAGCAUGAGGUUCAGCUGCAGGAGCACCUGAAGCAGCAGCAGGAGAUCCUGGCGGCCAAGCGGCAGCAGGAGCUGGAGCAGAAGAGGAAGCUGGAGCAGCAGAGGCAUGAGGAGCUGGAGAAACAGAGGCUGGAGCAGCAGCUCCUCAUGCUACGCAACAAGGAGAAGGGCAAAGAGAGUGCCAUUGCCAGUACGGAGGUGAAGCUGAAGCUCCAGGAGUUCCUCCUGAGCAAAAAAGAGCCUGGCACACCUGGCGGACUAAACCAUUCCUUCACCCAUAAAUGCUGGGGGGCCCACCACACCUCUCUGGACCCCAACUCCCCCCCUCAGAGUAACACUCUGGGAACGCCGCCCUCCUACAAACUACCCCCGCUACUGGGGUCCUAUGAGGGCAGGGACGAUUUCCCUCUCCGGAAGACUGCCUCCGAGCCCAAUCUGAAGGUGCGUUCGCGGUUAAAGCAGAAGGUAGCUGAGAGACGGAGCAGUCCUCUGCUGAGGAGGAAGGAUGGGACAGUGAUAAGCACCUUCAAAAAGAGAGCCAUCGAGAUCUCUGUGUCCUCCAUGUGCAGCAGUGCCCCUGGCUCCGGGCCCAGCUCGCCCAACAGCUCCAACAGCGCCAUCGCAGAGAACGGCUCCAGCGGCUCUGUCCCCAACAUCCACGCCGAGCAGCUGCGGUCCCUCCACCAGACCCUUAACGCUGAUGGGACAGUCAGUCCGCUGAGCCUCUACACAUCCCCCUCACUGCCCAACAUCUCCCUGGGCCUGCCAGCCAACUCGCACCUCACCGCCAAUCAGAAGCUGUUGCAGGAGGCGGAGAGGCAGGCCAUCCAGACCAUGCGUCAGGGUGGGGCUCUGACGGGCAAGUUUGUCAGCACCUCGUCCCUGCCGGCAUCAUGCCUGCCACCUGGGAUGCAACACGACUUAGACUCCACCCAGGCCCCCAACAGCCACAGCAGUCACUCCUCCCUACUGCAGCACGUCCUCCUGCUGGAACAGGCCCGCCAGCAGAGUGCCCUCCUCUCAGUCCCCAUGUACGGUCAGUCGCCGUUGGUGACAGGGGAGCGGGUGUCCAACAGUAUGCGCACUGUGAACAAGCUACCACGCCACCGGCCCCUGAGUCGCACACAGUCUGCACCCCUCCCCCAGAGCCCCCAGGCCCUGCAGCAGCUCGUCAUGCAGCAGCAGCACCAGCACUUCCUGGAGAAGCAGAAGCAGUACCAGCUCAACAAGAUUCUGUCAAAAGGGGUGGAGCUUCCUCGCCAACCACCCACCCACCCCGAGGAGACGGAGGAGGAGCUCACAGAGACGCAGGAGAUGCAGGAGGAGGGGGCGGGGUCUGAGCGUCUGGGGGAGGGGCGUCCUCAGGAGCAGAGGCUCCAGAAGGAAGAGUCGGGGGAGACGUCGCCCCCUUCAGAACGCCUGCUGACCCCCCUGAAGGGCGAGAGCACAGAGAGCGAUUUGGAGGAUGAGGAUGAUGAAGACGAGGCCAUCGAGCUGAGGGAGUGUGAUGAGGAGGGCGUACCUUACGGCCAACAUCACCUGCAACAGCUCAAUGUGUUCCAGGCGUCCCUGUCCAUUUCGGGCAUGCCUCACAGACCUCUGGGAAGGGCCCAGUCCUCCCCUGCCACUGCCAGCGUCAAGGGGGCUCCCAUGGGUGAGGUCCCCAUCAAGCACCUCUUCACUACAGGGUUGGUGUACGACACCUUUAUGCUGAAGCACCAGUGUAUGUGUGGGAACACCCACAUCCACCCAGAGCACGCCGGCCGCAUCCAGAGUGUGUGGUCCCGGCUGCAGGAGACUGGGCUGCUGGGCCGCUGUGAGAGGAUUCGGGGAAGGAAGGCCACGUUGGAUGAGAUCCAGACUGUGCAUUCAGAAUACCACACCCUACUGUACGGCACCAGUCCCCUCAACAGACAGAAACUAGACAGCAAGAAGCUCUUAGGUCCAAUCAGUCAGAAGAUGUAUGCUGUGUUGCCCUGUGGAGGCAUUGGGGUGGACAGUGACACUGUGUGGAAUGAGAUGCACUCCUCGGGCGCUGUCAGAAUGGCUGUUGGCUGCGUCAUCGAGCUGGCUUUCAAAGUGGCCGCCGGGGAACUGAAGAACGGCUUUGCCGUGGUGCGCCCACCAGGCCAUCACGCUGAGGAAUCCACUGCCAUGGGCUUCUGCUUCUUCAACUCAGUGGCCAUCACAGCCAAGCUGCUACAGCAGAAACUAGGAGUGAGCAAGAUACUCAUCGUGGACUGGGAUAUUCACCAUGGUAACGGGACACAGCAGGCUUUUUACAACGACCCCAACGUACUUUACAUUUCCAUGCAUCGCUACGACGAUGGAAACUUCUUCCCCGGCAGUGGGGCUCCUGAAGAGGUGGGGGUUGGACCUGGUGUUGGCUUCAACACAAACAUCGCUUGGACAGGGGGUGUAGAACCGCCCAUGGGGGACGUGGAGUACCUGACUGCCUUCAGGACGGUGGUGAUGCCCAUAGCCAACGAGUUCUCCCCCGACGUGGUCCUAGUGUCCGCUGGGUUUGAUGCCGUGGAGGGCCACCAGUCCCCUCUGGGAGGAUACAACGUCACUGCUAAAUGUUUCGGCCACCUCACCAAGCAGCUAAUGAAGCUGGCGGGGGGACGUGUGGUCCUGGCGCUGGAAGGAGGUCACGACCUCACGGCCAUCUGUGACGCCUCCGAGUCCUGCGUGGCGGCCCUGCUCGGCGAUGAGUUGGACCCCCUGCCACAGGCUGUCCUGCAACAGAAGCCCUGUCCAAAAGCUGCUGCAUCUCUGGAGAGGGUCAUCGAAAUACAGAGUAAACACUGGAGCUCUCUCCAAAGGUUGGCUCCCACGGUGGGCGAGUCCUUAAUGGAUGCCCAGCGGAGAGAGAAGGACGAGGCCGACACGGUCACUGCCAUGGCAUCGCUUACCGUGGAUACUGAGCAGGCCGCCGCUUCCACCGUCUCCACGGAGACCAGCAGGUCUACAGAAGAGCCAAUGGAAGAGGAGCCUGUCUUGUAGGAGGAAACGGAGAGUUGUCACGACAGCGCAACACCUUUAUCUCCAUGUCCUUCGGCACUAGCCUUCUCCUGUCAUCCUCUCCUCUUUCCAGCUCUCGCCUCACCUCUUUCCAUUUUCUGAGGAAUGAUGGACUUGUGCUAGCCUCCCUUUCCAACUCACUGAGGUGAGUUUGUUAAAGUGUGUGUGUGUGGGAGAGUAGAGGCGGGAACACACACACACUGACCUAAAGAGGGCAACGGCGGAUAUGCGUGAUUGGUGGAGAAGCAGGAAGAGGCGGGACCUUUUGAGGAGCCUGUGUGUCUUGCUUUUUUCUUUGAAUCUUUUUUUGUAAGCAGAAGGCAGUGGAUCCAGGAGGGUACCUCGGCUAUGAGGCCCGAGAAGCUUUGUACAUUUUUUGUCAUACUUUAUACUUUUCAGGAACAUUAGAACUGAAAAAGCCAACAAGCAGCAAAAAUAUUUCAACAGCCACAAAUACACUCAAACACACCCGCAUUAUAUUAUACACACUAAGUUCCCAACAGUGGAACAACAAUGGGGUUGUAUCAAUGAAUAAUGCUCUUCCUUUCAGAGCAUGCGUACCUCUGUUCCUAUUUUGUCUGUCGUUUGGUAUUCUCGUGCGUCUAUUCAAUAAUCUGUUCAAAGAAGCACACAAACAUAUAUGAUAUGUAUAUUCCUUUCACUGUAUCCGAUAUCAGCUGUGGUUGUGGAGUGGAGGUCGAGCUGUGGAUCCUGCCAAGGGCAACUUACUGGCUGAAGGAGACAACAUCUCUCCAAUACAGCCUGAAGCCUCAGCUCCCUCCACUUUGUAUGGGACAGAAUGCAUUUUGAGGUGGUUUUACCGUUCUACUUUGUUUGGACUAUCAAAAAAGGACACAUGCAUACCCACAAUCAAAUUUACCGCUUGGUGCAAUGGAAGCCCAUGGAUUGGACGAGGAAGGAUUUUGUGGAAUAAUGCUUGGAUUAUAAACUUUGUCUCACGCUUGCUGCUGCGACUGGGAGACUUGUGGUGGUCACGAGACUGGAGAAAGACGUUUUUAGAAGAACUUGGUGCCUUUAUAUUAAAUAUCCCUGUUAACACCAACUACACCACCACUUAGCAGAUCACAGGACAGAAAGACAAAUCCACACACUUGUUACUCUCAUGUCUGUUUUGUUUGUAUAUUUGUUUGCUUGUUUGUUUCUUUCAAAAUGCCUUAAUUUCCUUCAGAGAAUGCACCAUUUUAGCUAUCUCCGCAGAGAGAGCAGAGAUAGGAUUCUUCUAUGUCCUCUCUUUCUGGGUUUGUGUAAUACUCUAGGUCAAAGGUCAGUGUGGCCUUAACAACUGAGUUUUUUUUGCGUCCUUUAUCAAUCCCGACCCGUACAUAUGCGGCUGACAGUAUGAUUGUGAGGAAAUUUGAACGCUACAACGACCAACUUUGUUUGCUAUGUCACUUCCUGUCACUUGUAAAUACUGCAUCCUGUUCUGCUCUGGCAAACCCCUCAACCUGAGACGGUUCAAUAACGAACUCAAUUGUUUUUCCAUUUAUUUAGAGAGGAAGGACUGAACUUGGUCACUUUUUUUUUAAACAAACGUUUAAAUUUGUCAAAUAUAAGAUGUAUACGAAUAAUGACAAUAAGUGUUAAUCCAAUCAAAUUGGAUAUGAAUAUUACAUUUGAGAAGAGUAAAAAAAACUAAAAUGUCAUGUUAAAGCCACCUCUAAGCACACAUCGUGUUAGUUUUGCUAUCAAUGUUUUGUCCUUUUUUCUAAGUGCCAUUUGUUUUAUCCACACAAAAAAAAAGACAACAGAAAUUGUGAUUUGGUGAUAUGUGGAUCGAUCUCAUUUGGCAAAUAACCAUGAGCAAGCACCACUUAAGAUGUUUACACUGCAAUACCCCAAUCCCUCGAAACUGUUGCCCACUUGUCAGCUGUCAUAAACCCUUUGUUUGACUUAGUGUCCAGGUGCUGUUUUAUCUGGUCUCCGUUGUUGUCAUCAAUAUUUAUAUUUCUCAAUCAAUGAAAAGUGUUUGCACUUGACACAUAUGAUCAAACAAAUUAAAUACUAAGAUUUCUUUGGAAAAUAUA